AUGGGAGAGUUCAUGGGUAGUUCUACAAAUACACUCAACGGUGAUGUGGUCGAUGAGAUUAACAUGUACUAUGAUUGUCGGUAUAUAUCAACAUGUGAAGGAACGUGGAGGCUUUUGGAUAUGUUGUUAUCAGAUUCCGAUAAGAAACAGUUUGCUCUUGUGGAGUUAGAGAAAUUGUUAUCUUUGUGGGGGAAGUGUUUGAGAGACUUUCUAGAAAUGCCACUUCCAGACGAGACUAGCAUGGGGUUGAUGGAAAACAUGUUGCUAGCCGAAGAGUUGGCAUAUGACAAGGAAUCGUUGAAGACAAAGCAUGAAACAUUGGUAACACAGUUGACGGACGAGCAAAAGAAUGUUUACAACUCUGUGAUGAAUGAUAUUGAUUGUAAUGGAGGUGGACUCAUCUUUGUGUAUGGUUACAAAUGA